AUGAGCUUAGCAUUUGACGAAUACGGAAGACCAUUCAUUGUUAUCAGAGAACAAGACAGAAAAAAGAGAACAAAGGGUCUCGAAGCCCACAAGGCAAACAUCCUCGCUGCCAGAACUGUCGCCAACUUGAUGAGAACCUCUCUAGGACCUAAGGGUAUGGACAAGAUGCUCGUCAGCCCAGACGGAGAUGUUAUUGUUACCAAUGACGGCGCAACCAUUCUUGAUAAAAUGGAGGUUGAGCACCAAACCGCCAGAUUGUUGGUUGAACUCUCAAACUCUCAAGAUAAUGAAAUCGGUGAUGGUACCACUGGUGUUGUAGUAUUAGCUGGAGCUCUCCUUGAGCAAGCCCAAAAACUUUUGGACAAGGGUAUUCACCCACUCAAAAUUGCUGAUGGUUUUGAGAAGGCUUGCGAUAUCGCAGUCCUCAGAAUUAACGACAUCCAAGAGGAAGUUAACAUCGAAAAGCACGAUCACGAAUUCCUUAAGAAGUGCGCUAUUACUGCCCUCGGUUCUAAGGUUGUUAGCAAAUGCCAAGACUUAAUGGCUGAUAUUGCUGUUAAGGCAGUCCUCGCCGUUGCUGAUCUUGAGAGAAGAGAUGUUAACUUCGAUCACAUUAAGAUCAUUGCUAAGACUGGAGGAAGUUUAGAAGACACUAGCUUCGUUACCGGUAUCAUCCUCGAUAAAGAUUUCUCUCACCCACAAAUGGAAAAGGAAGUAAAGGACGCUAAGGUUCUUAUCCUCACUUGCCCAUUCGAACCACCCAAGCCAAAGACCAAGCAUGGACUUGAAAUCAAGUCAGCUGCUGACUACGAAAAGCUAUACAAAAUGGAACAAGACUAUUUCACCGAUAUGGUCCAAAAGGUCAAGGCCUCAGGUGCCAAUCUUGUUCUCUGUCAAUGGGGAUUCGAUGACGAAGCUAAUCACCUACUGAUGCAUCACAAACUUCCAGCCGUUAGAUGGGUUGGUGGUGUCGAGAUCGAGCUUUUAGCCAUGGCCACUGGUGCCAGAAUCGUCCCAAGAUUCGAGGAAAUUACCCCAGAGAAACUAGGAAGAGCCGGUUGCGUUAAAGAAAUCUCUUUCGGUACCUCUAACGAUAAAGUUAUUCUUAUUGAAGAAUGCUCAAAGACCAAGGCAGUCACAAUUUUAAUCAGAGGUGGCAGCAAAACUAUUUGCGACGAGGCCAGAAGAUGUCUUCAUGAUGCACUAUGUGUAGUAAGAAAUAUGAUAAAGAACAACAACGUUGUCGGUGGAGGUGGUGCUACUGAACUCGCCUGCUCAAUUGCUGUUGGUAAAGAAGCUGACAAAAUUAAGGGUGUUGAACAAUAUGCCGUGAGAGCUUUCGCUGAUGCUCUUGAAGAGAUCCCACUAGCUUUAGCUGAGAACUCUGGUUACAAUCCAAUCGAAUAUCUAAGCAAGAUCAAGAAGGAAUAAAAUUCUGAGGGCAACCCAUUCAUCGGAGUUGACGCCUUAAACAAGGGUACCACUAACAUGAUGGAACAAGGAGUCGUUGAGUCAGCAGCUUCCAAGAGAAAUCAAUUAGAACUCGCAACCCAAGUUGUAAAAAUGAUCCUCAAGAUUGAUGAUGUUAUUGCCCCAGCAGACUACGAAUGA